GCAGCGCGCGGGGCCGCGGCCGGGGCCGGGCCGCGCUCGGGUCCCCCCCGGCCCCGCGGAAGAUGUGGGCGCACGUCUGGGGGUUCCUGUACAGCAACUACUUUCGGUUCUGGCUCAAGUGGGUCCUGCGGCUGCUGACGGGCAAGUGCGAGCUGCAGCGCCUCCUGGGCGGCGCGGAGGCGGGCGCGCGAAGGACGCUGAGCGUAGAACAUUCACUGGAAUCAUCAAAAAAUAAGGUUUUAAGAAAUGCUGUACACGUUGAAGAAGCUGAAGUGGAGAAGUGUGUCAGAGAUGUAAUGAAAGAAAAGAAGAUUGGACAGAAGGACACAAGGUUUAAGACAAAUUUGCGUAUAUCCUUGCUACAGAUAUCAGGUUAUAAAAAAUUGUAUUUGGAUGUGGAGAACCUAAGGAAGGUCCCAUAUGAUUCAGAAAAUGAAGAACACGAGGAACAGUUAAUUGAGCUCUGGCAUUUGCUGAUGCCUCACGAGAAUCUGAAGGCCAGAAUCAGCAAACAGUGGUGUGACAUCGGCUUCCAAGGCGAUGAUCCUAAAACAGACUUCAGAGGAAUGGGGCUGCUGGGCUUGGUGAAUCUGGUGUAUUUUAGUAAGCAUUACACCAAUGAAGCUCGUCAGAUCCUUUCUCGGUCAAACCACCCAAAGCUGGGAUACUCCUAUGCCAUAGUUGGGAUCAAUCUGACAGAGAUGGCAUACAGCUUGCUCAGGAAUGGUGCUUUGAAGGGCCAUCUCUACAACAUGGUCUCUGGGCUGCCACAGAUGGAGCACUUCCAUCAGUUUUACUGUUAUCUAGUUUAUGAGUUUGACAAGUUCUGGUUUGAAGAGGAACCAGAAAGCAUUAUGCACUUCAACCAGUACAGAGAGAAAUUCCAUGAAAAAAUUAAGGGACUUCUACUGGAUCACAAUGUGCUACUGACCUUACCAGAUACAAAGAAACCUUAAUUCCUCUGCAGUAUAUGAGGUUCUGUAUUAAAAAUUGAGUCAUGCAUUUGGAUGGAAAUUUUGUGUGUUUCACCAAAAACUGUCUAACAAUAGAACUUUUUUUUUUACAUUAAAAAAAAGAAAAUUAGCAAAAUUCAGUUAGGGAAGCUUGGACAAUCAUCCUCUGUUUACAGGUAUUUUUAUGCUAUUCUCCAAAGGGCAGCUUUUUGAAAAGGAAACAAAACCCAACCAACAAACCAGCACAAAAAACAGCCCACAAAUCUCAAGAACCUCUGGAUUGCUUACUUUUACAUUUUCUUUUAUACUUCUUGGUGCAGAAACGUGAAGCAGAUACUUAUGCUGCAUCAUAUUUUUUGUGAAUGGGUUUGACUGUUAGUGGUCUUUUAAAAGACAGUUUAAGUUGUGCUUUUCAAAUUUGAAUUUAAAUUCCAACCUUCUAACGUAAUGGUUGAGGUUCAGCUUUUAGUUGGAAUUAUUGUGGUUUUAGAUUUUUUGUGUUCUUGUUCCUUUAUAUGUCAUCAAUCAUUCACUCAGCAAUGUUAAAUUUCUUUGUAAUUAAGAGGUCCUCAAAGGAGAUGUAUUGUUUGUGUGUAAUUUUGGAAAAGAGGCUUCAUCCAUCAGCAUAUUGUACUUACUUGUAUUCUAGUACUUACUAGAAAUUACUUCUGGAAAAGGAAAUUUAUCUAUGGAUUUGUACCAGCCAAUUCCUAUGCUUGAAAGAAGUUUAGUUUUCAAACAAACAAAAAGAACCACGUGUCAUCAGCAUGAGGAUAAGAUCCUCAGGCUAAAGCUACUCUUUUAAAAGUAUUCCUAUUGUAAAAACUUUUGAUUCUUUCUAAUCUGACUUCAAAUGAUGAGAAUGAUUGACUCAGAAUCUGUUGUCAGCCCUUUCUUUUAGCAGCUAAGGGGGUAUUCUUAGUGGGAGGUACAACAGAUCUACUUUAGCCCUUUUAUAAAUGAAAAAAACCCCUUUAUUGCAGCUGCAAUCCUUGUUUUGUAAAAAUAAAUUCACAUUUGAGUACAAGUCUAAAAAAUACGUAUUUUCCAUGGAAGGGAUGCAGCUUUGAUGUGUUCCUUAGUCUUGCCCUCCUCAGACAAUCUAAUAGAUAGACCUUCAUGUCUGUAUUGUGACUAAUUAUUGCUCAGAGCAACUUUAAAUGGAUUUGGUAUGACCAUCACUUUGUUUUCUAAGACCUUCUAUUAAAUAAGUGCCUUCUGCUGUUUUCAAUCUGCUUUUUACUUUGAGUCUUCUAACUAGAUCACAGCCUUAGAAACUUGAGUAAUUUGAGAAAGAUUUUUUCACCUUAUACCUAAAUGGUUCACAUAUGUUGAUACAAGCUUUCAUGUAUUUUUUUUAAUCAUCUCAGGUAAACUAGUUAAUUUCUAGUCAGUGACUACUCCAGAAGAGAUUCCUGAAGAAUAUAAGCAUUGAACACAAUGAAUGGAAGCAUGAGGGAAAAAAAAAGAAAA